GCCCUCGCCCAUAUCCUUGUCCGUUCCUCAGCCAAAGCUCUCAAUCACUUUCAUCUCAACCUUUUACAUCUUUCGCAAAUAAUUCACAAUGGAGGACGAAGUAGCUGCGCUCGUUAUUGACAAUGGUUCCGGAAUGUGCAAGGCUGGCUUUGCAGGUGAUGACGCUCCCCGUGCUGUUUUCCCCUCCAUCGUUGGUCGCCCACGUCACCAGGGUGUGAUGGUUGGCAUGGGUCAGAAGGAUUCUUACGUCGGUGAUGAAGCUCAGUCAAAGCGUGGUAUCUUGACUUUGAAAUAUCCCAUUGAGCACGGUAUUGUAACGAACUGGGACGACAUGGAAAAGAUCUGGCAUCACACCUUUUACAACGAGCUCCGUGUUGCUCCAGAAGAGCACCCAGUCUUACUCACGGAAGCACCCCUCAACCCUAAAGCUAACCGUGAGAAGAUGACCCAAAUCAUGUUCGAGACUUUCAACGCGCCUGCAUUCUACGUGUCCAUCCAGGCCGUUCUCUCUCUUUAUGCCUCUGGUCGUACAACCGGUAUUGUCAUGGAUUCCGGUGAUGGUGUCACCCACACCGUUCCCAUUUACGAAGGUUUCUCUCUCCCUCACGCCAUUCUUCGUCUCGAUCUCGCUGGUCGUGACCUCACUGACUUCCUCAUCAAGAACUUGAUUGAGCGUGGUUACUCUUUCACUACUACUGCUGAGCGUGAAAUCGUCCGGGACAUCAAGGAGAAGCUGUGCUACGUUGCUCUUGACUUUGAGCAGGAAAUUCAGACCGCUGCUCAAUCAUCAGCACUUGAGAAGAGCUACGAGCUCCCUGAUGGUCAAGUCAUCACUAUUGGUAACGAGCGUUUCCGUGCCCCUGAAGCGCUCUUCCAACCUGCAUUCCUCGGUCUCGAAGCCGCCGGUAUCCACGAGACCACCUACAACUCGAUCUUCAAGUGUGAUCUCGAUAUUCGUCGUGACUUGUACGGAAACGUGGUUUUGUCCGGUGGUACUACUAUGUUCCCUGGUAUUGCUGACCGUAUGCAACGAGAGUUGACCUCGCUGUCGCCAUCCAGCAUGAAGGUCAAGAUUGUCGCUCCCCCUGAACGAAAAUACUCCGUCUGGAUUGGUGGAUCUAUCUUGGCUUCUCUUAGCACUUUCCAGAACUUGUGGUGCUCUAAGCAAGAGUACGACGAGUCUGGUCCUGGUAUUGUUCACCGCAAGUGCUUCUAAGCGAUGGAAAAACUGUAGUCAGACGAAAACAUGUUGCCGAUGUAGUAGAAUGACAUUGUUUUUGAUUUUCUUUCGCAGCUGUUCGUGUGGUCACGUUCUCUCCUACGUUACGUCCGCCUUUUGCUCUUUAGUGGGCCAUGUUUCUGUUUCGUGCCGUUUUGCGUUCCAUACAUAUAUUCCAGUACUGAUUUUUUUGUCGUUGUAAGAGAGAUUCUAGGCAUAUUCAAGAAGAAGAAGAAGGAAGUGAAUUCGAAUAAAUACCUAUAUACUGCCUGAUGCUCAAUAUGAUGCAUGUAUUACCGAUGUGGCUAUGCUUGAGUACGCACUCACAGCAAACAUGGACUUGGUUGAUUUU